UAGAUAUUUCACAGAACACAGAAUUUACAAUUAGUUGAAGUGAAUGCAACAUCUAAAUGCAAUGAAUGAACAUGAAAAACGCAACGGCAGCGAACGAAAGCAAACUUCACUUAGUAAAGCGAUUCUCUAGUGAUUCGCAGACUGAUCCAGCGAGCACCAGUCAUCGUGGCAGUCACGGUACACGUCGUAUCUCUCCCGCCUCUGUUGCUACUCGAUACAACUACUGUUACUACUCUACAAGUCUAAUAUUUGCCCGACAUAUGCUCGUUUAAUCGUACCUCAAGAGUCGUUGAAUCUUUAUACAUAGAAGGAGAAGGGGACGAAAGAAAGAAAAACAGAAACGUAUCGAUGAAUUUGAGCUUCGUAGGGAGUUGAGAAGACAAAGACGACCAACAGAAUUAUCCGACAAAGAGAGUAUGUCUAAGAUAGAGCUACCAGAACAUCCGGAAGAAAUUAGAAUUGGCGGCAUCGAUGGCGGCGGGACGCAGUCGACGCUGGUCAUCAUCGAUGGCAAAGGGACACCAUUGACGGAAGUCAAGGGGCCGAGCACCAAUCAUUGGUUACUCGGAAUAGCGGAAGCGACUGCAAGAAUCAACGCUAUGGUCGAAAGAGGGAAACAGAAUAUAGGAAUAUCUGAAUUGAUUCCUUUAGAUUGUUUGGGUCUUACCCUAAGCGGAUGUGGAGAGGAAAGCACCGAUCGUCAACUUACGGCAAUGAUGAAAGAGAAGUAUCCAAAUGUCGCUAAAGCUUAUUAUGUCAAUUCAGAUGCCAUUGGUAGUCUCAGAACUGGUUUGCCAAACGGUGGGAUAGUUCUAAUCGCUGGCACCGGUAGCAACGCAUUGCUGAUGAAUUUAGAUGGAACAAUCAUAAGGUGCGGCGGAUGGGGACAUUUCAUGGGGGACGAAGGCAGUGCUUUCUGGAUCGCCCAUAGAGCUUGUAAAUACGUAUUCGACGAUAUUGAUGGCUUAGCUCCAGCUCCUAAACCCAUAAGUUACGUAUGGCCAGCUAUGAGACAUUAUUUCAACGUAACUGAUAGGAAAGAGAUAUUGCCGCAUUUUUAUAAAGAUUUCGAUAAAAGCAUUUUUGCUAUGUUUGCCAAGGAGAUUGUGACAGGUUGUGAGAAAAAAGAUCCACUCUGUUUAUAUAUUAUUUCGGAAAAUGGCAGAUACCUCGCGAAGCAUGUUAUAGCUCUUUCGAGAAAAGCCCAUAAUGAUCUCAAGUUAGCUAAGGGUGGAUUAAAGGUUGUCUGCGUGGGAUCGGUUUGGAAAUCAUGGGAUGUUAUGAAGGACGUUUUCAUCGAUGAAAUCCAUGAAUCUCGCGCACUGGACGAAUUAACUAUGAUCCGCUUAACAGCAACAGCUGCAUUGGGUGCGUGUUACCUUGCUGCGGAGGAAAUCGAUUGGUUCUUUACGAAACCCUACGAAGAUAACAUCGAAGUAUUUCAUCAAUAUAAGCGGAAGAAUUAUGUAAAACCGAGAGCAACAAAUGAUUCGAGUGAGUCAAAAGGAGACUAAGUUGGGAGACUUAGCCCAAUGUAACCAGUAAUCACAGAUAGAAACACAAAUAGAAACAAAAAGAUUAUAUUUUA